ACUUCCCAUCUCUCUUAUGUUUCACGACCAGUGACAAGACUAACGGCAGGAGUUCUCAAUCUCACCCAGUUGAUGAUCGGUUAAGCGAAUUCGGCACACGCGAUGCAGCUCACUGAGGCAUUUGUCGGCUUCCAAUAGCCACCCGCUCACGCAAGGAGUCAAUCCCUCAUUAUUUAUUCCAUCCACAGCCGAAACUCUCCACAAUCGCACCAUUCUUGCUUCCUGUCUGUAUUACCACCAGAGCUUCCGACCAGCUGAGGCGUCUCACGUAUGCCCCCUCGCGAGUCCCCGGUUGACAAUCCCAAGUCACCCCUGCGCCGAUGCCACCACUACAUCUACAUCAUCGCCUGGGCCCUCCUGUCAUCCAUCAUCCUUUACUGCGCCGGAGGGCUGUCUUUUGUCGAUGCCUUGCUUCUCGCCUCCGGCGCAGCUACUCAAACUGGGCUCAAUACCAUUGAUCUCAAUCGCCUCCAUGUGGUUCAACAAGCCACCCUCUUGGUGGUGUCGAUGGUCACCAACGUCAUCUUUGUCCAUUCGCUGCUUGUUGUGAUUCGAUUGUAUUGGUUCCGGAAGCGGUUCCAGAGAGCCAUCCACGAGGCCAAAAUGAUGUGUCGUGCUCAGCGCAACACGCUCAACCAGAGACUCGCAGAUGUGGAAAACGGACCUCGGGGAUUCUCACGCGAGAGGCCAUCGGAGGAGCUUCCUUUGCUCUCCACGGUAGAUGAGGAGAGUUCAAGCGAAUCAACCAAUGUGUCCCCUGGUGGCAGGAAGUAUGGUGCAACCGGCUCGACCAGCCCUCAUAUUACCUUCUGCGAGACGGAAGCCGAGCACGAGGUGAAACAGCGUCGACGGUCAUACUCUGGCACAUGGUCGCGUCUUUCUCAGUCGGAGAUUGAAAGUCCACUGCGGCGAUCAUUCUCCGACGUGCAGAAUGACAUGCCACCGCUGCCUUCUUUGAUGUGGCAAUCCUCCAUUGCCAGCUACGCCGACUGGAACGAGACACAAAAAGAGGAGCUUGGUGGAAUCGAGUAUAGAGCCCUGAAGACGCUGGUUGUCAUCCUGGUCUGCUAUUUCGUGGUCAUCCAUCUCUUGGGAAUCCUGUUCUUCGUGUCAUGGAUUCUCCCCAACCAACACUACGGCCAGAUGCUCGCAGACAAUGGCAUCAGCCGGUCCUGGUGGGCUAUUUUCACUGCUGGCUCCUCAUUCAACGACCUAGGAUUUACACUGACUCCGAACUCGAUGGCAUCGUUCAAUACUGCGGCAUUCCCUCUGCUCGUGAUGACUGUUCUCAUCGUUCUCGGCAACACCGGGUUUCCAUGCAUGCUCCGUCUCAUCAUAUGGACCUUGUCCCAGUUCACUACCUACGGAAGUCCGCUGGACGACGAGCUUCAGUAUCUCCUCGAUCAUCCCCGACGAUGCUUCACGCUGCUAUUUCCCAGCACAGAGACCUGGCGACUAGCCGCAGUGCUCCUGCUCAUCAACGCCAUCGAUCUAAUCAUCUUCUACACCCUCCAAGAAAUCCCCCACCCCACCCCCAUCUCAGCCAGCCUCCGUCUCGUCAAUGGCCUCUUCCAAAUCGCCUCCACCCGCACCGCCGGCUUCACAAUCGCCUCCCUCGGCAGCCUCCACCCAGCCGUGCAAGUCUCCUUCGUAGGAAUGAUGUACAUCUCCGCCUUCCCGAUCGCGAUCGCGAUGCGCAAAACCAACGUGUACGAAGAACGCAGCCUCGGAAUCUACAACGAAGAAUACGACGACCAUGACAAACCGCACCAAUCCGACUCGCUAGGUGCCCACAUCCAGCGUCAGCUCGGAUUCGAUCUAUGGUUCGUCAUGCUGGGCUUCUUCUUCGUCGCCGUCGCCGAAGGCAAACGACUACAAGAGAACCGCACCGAUAUGGCCUUCUCGCUCUUUCCCAUCCUGUUCGAGAUCGUGUCCGCUUACGGCACCGUAGGCCUGUCCAUGGGUUAUCCCGGGACGGAAACGAGUCUAUGUCGUGAGUUUAGCAGCCUAUCCAAGGUGAUUGUCAUUGCGAUGCAGGUGCGCGGUCGUCAUCGUGGACUGCCGCACGCACUGGACCACGCGAUUCUCUUGCCGUGUGAUUUGGUCGAGCCGGACGAGGAGGGUCGGAGACCGGAGUGGUGGUGGAAACGGUGGAUUCGGAAGAAAAGUUCAGAUCUGGGAAGUUUCUUUACCCAUGAUUGAUGAGUUGCUUAAGUCUGUGGAGUUGCUUGUGAUAUGACGAAAAUUCGAUUCAAUUCGAUUCUACUAUGUAUUGAUACCUACGGAUAUCAUACGAUAUGCUUGCUAUGUGUGAAAGCAGUAACUACUACCAGCAUGUCUUAUAAAUCUGACUGCGUCUGGUGGGGCAUGGUAGCCACUAGCCUUUACUUGCAGAAUACAGGGAAACCCCAGAUAUUAUUUACAUUCCGGACCAACUACAUCUAUUACAUCUCUGAGCUGCAGAUUCUGUACAACAUCCAACUGGCUCGUCAUCUGAUGGGUGCGUCUGGACCGUGCACUCAGCUCGCUUUGAAAUCCACUAUAGACGGACAGCUUAUUCGGGGUGU